AUGUCCAUCAUAUUCAAUGCCCUCCCCCUCCUACCGCCUAUCUCUGAAUACGGCGAGCCUUUUUACCGCUCAGUUGAGCAGGCUAUUGAGGCUAUCAACAUACAUGCCCAGCCCCAAGGCUUCGCAGUCUCAAAGCGAAGCUCCCAGCUUAAUCGUAUCCAACUACGAUGCGCCCGAGCUGAUUUCCACCCCCAUUGGCAUCUUCCAGAGGCACCAUCUAUUCAACCAUCUAUUCAACCAUUCUCUCCGCCCAUUCCGGCAUCUCAGGUGCAGAACCCCCCUAAGGCCAUUACCCGGGGCCGUCCUCCGGCCUCAUCGGCGCGGCAGGCUAUCUCUCAGCGCUCAACCCAGCGCUCACCAUCUCAAUUUGAGAUCACCGAGCAGCAGAUACUAGCUGAGAACCAGGAAUUUGAAGUAUCACGGGCGGCCUCGCAGGCAUCUCAGGCAGGGGGGGAAGGGGGGGCAUCGCAGGCAUCGGCGGCAGGGGGGGCAGGGUGGGAAGCUUCGGAGGAUGAAGGGCCAAGAAGAUCAGGCCGGGCGCCUAGGCCAAAGAGGAGAAGAACGGAUGAGACAACUCAGGGUGAAACCACUGAAACAGACCAUUAA